AGCCUUGGCCCAGAGCUCCUUAUGGCCACUUUCGCUUGACCGUCAUGGCCAGCCCGAAGGCCAGGCAGGCAGCCAGCAUUUUGGCGGGCAAUCUGCAGCAAGAUAUCGCCACGCUGAGACAGGAAUUAGAUCGAAAACAUGUCCGAUUGGAGAAGCUGAUUCGGAGCAGUGCGCAGCAGGUGGCAGCUGCCACGACGCAGGCGCUCCAGCAUCAGCUGGCGAACAUGCAGAAGCAGAUGCUCGUCUCCCUGAAUCCAGCCGCUGUCCAGCUUGGCCAGGAAGGCGCGUCUCUGCCUGGGGCGCCCAUGGGUGAAGUGCCGCAGCAUGUGCUGGCCAAUCUGAAGCUGCGGAAUUCCAUGAGCUCCAUGGAUUCGGGAGACCAACUCUUUGAGGACGCAAACGAGGAUCCCUUCAGCGAUUUCGACCUCUUGGGCACGGACGAUGAGGACCUGGCGCGGCGGCAGUACGAGAACGCCGGGCGCAAGAAGAAGAAGAAGGAUGUGAAGGAGGUAAAGCAAGCCUGGGAGGAGGACAGUCAGGAUGAGGACAAGAAAUUGCACCGUGACAAGAGCGGCAGCGCUUUGACGCUCAGAGACGGGGACAAGGAGAUGCUCAAGAAGAAGGCUCAUGCCGUUGCAAGGCGCACCGUGAACGAGGAAGCGAUGCCGCCGGGCCGAGCCUUCGCGAGGAAGGUGGUUUUCAGCCAGCGCUUCGAGUGGGUGGCGGCCUGCAUCCUGGUGGGCAACUCCUUGCUGGUGGGCAUCGAAACGGAAUGGACCUUGCAGAAUCUGAACCAGGACCCACAUGCGGCGCUGCGAGUUCUCGACAUCUUCUUCAACAUUUGUUUCUCCAUCGAGCUGCUUCUCCGUGUCGCUGCAGACCAGAAGUUCUUUGUGUCCUUCUACAACCCUGCGCUGCAUUGGAACAUCUUGGACAUGGUUCUGGUCUCGAGUGCACUUCUGGAGGAGCUGGUGAAUGUGGUCGAAGCGAGCGGGCCCAAUAUAGACGUGUCGGUGUUGCGGAUGCUGAGAAUGGUGCGACUGCUGCGUGUGGCCCGAAUUAUACGAAUGGUGCGCUUCUUCAAUGAUCUGCGAGUGAUGGUGAAUGGCAUCAAAGCCUCAUCCAGAGCAUUGCUGUGGGCUAUAGCUCUGCUUCUACUUGUGACGUAUUUGUUCGGCGUCACCUUCAUGCAGCUCUCGGCGACCUAUUUGGAAGCCACGGGCCGCGAUGGCAACUUAUUGAUUACGUACUACGGCUCGCUCACGCGGACAAUCCUCACGCUCUUCAUGACCAUCUCAGGCGGAAUGCUGUGGAAUGAGGCCUUGAGGCCACUCAGCGAUAUUCACUGGAUGGUGGAUGUCCUCUUCCUGCUCUACAUCAUUUCCACGGCCUUUUGCUGCCUGAACAUCAUGACGGGGAUCUUCGUGGACAACGCGCAGGCGAGCAAGAAAACCGAUGAGAGCGUGGUGCGCCAAGAGUGGGAGAAGGAGAGGAGGCAAUGGAUUGCAGAUGUUGCGGAGCUCUUUUAUAAGGUGGACACUGACAACUCAGGCGACGUGACAAAGAACAAGUUCUGCUCCCUGAUGUACUCGGACAGGGUACAGACUCUACUGCGAAAGCUGGGCAUCGGAAUUGAUGGGUACUCGCCAUCGGAGUUGUGGGAUCUCCUGGACGGCACAGGUAGAGGAUCAGUGGUGCAGGCGGAAUUCGCGCACGCCAUCAGGCAGAUGAUGGGAAAUGGUCGAGGCAUUGACAUCUACAGGAUCAAGAAGGACACGCGGAGUCUCACCAAAGAGUUCAAGGAGUUCAAGAAGCACAUGACCGCUGUUUUCCCGGAGCUGCAGUCAUAGUCCACGUGACACGAAGCUUGACAUAGCCCCUUCAAAGGGGGUCCGCGCCAUUUUUCUGAGCUUCCUGUCACUGUCAGAGGCUCAGCGUGCUUUGGGCAACCAGCCUCGGAACCUGUAUCGGGUCCGGCUGAUUAUGCAAGUAGCUUUGUUACAUGUUCAAGCUCGGAACCGAGCUGUGAAUGUUUGUCUCACGUCUUGACCUAAGGUCAAUGGAGUUAAUGCAGGCUGAUGUGAUAAGUUGCGCAUGUUCCCUCAAUCUGCGCCCAUGCCCAGGUUCAUUGUCACAUCAGUAAAGGCUCUCACCCGCAAAUGGAUUGGUUGAGCGCACUAGGCA